AUGAUCAAUAUAAGACUCCCGGUGAACAGAUCCCGGCGGUCUUUAGUGGCUGCUGGUUGCCUAAAGUACUCGAGGUUCCACACCUCUGCCAUAAGAAGAAACAACCCUAAUGAGAUCGCAUUCGUGUUUGAUAUCGAUGGGGUUUUAAUUCGUGGAGGCCAGCCGAUCCCCCAGGCUAAGCCAACGUUGGAAUUACUCAAGAGUCUCCAAGUACCUUUUAUGUUACUCACCAAUGGUGGAGGGGUCACUGAACAUCAACGAACCCAAUAUUUAUCUAAGAACCUCGGCACCUAUCUCAAUCCAAUCCAGAUCGUUCAAUCUCACACCCCAUUCAAGACUUUAACUAAUGCGUACCGUCGAGUAUUAGUGGUGGGAGGUCCGGAAGACAAGGCAAGACACGCGGCAAUAAGCUACGGGUUCCAAGAAGUGGUGAUUCCAGCAGAUAUCGUCAGGGCUGACCCAUCGAUCUGGCCGUUUCAUAAAUACACUGCUGAGCAGUUAGAUCAGUGGGGCGAUAAAUCUGUGAAUGUUGCUGAUAAACCAUUCGAUGCAAUUUUCGUGUUCAAUGACCCUAGAGACAUGGGAAGUGAUUUGCAAAUCAUCUUGGACUUGUUGAAUUCGGAAAAUGGGUACCUUGGCACCAAGAGGAACCUUGAAAAGCUAGAAGAUAGAUCAAAGCCUGCAAUUCCUAUUUAUUUCUCCAACAAUGACUUACUUUGGGCCAAUGAGUACAAGUUGUCAAGACUUGGACAAGGAGCGUUCAGAAUCUGUGUAGAAAGAUUGUACCAGGAAUUAAACGAGGUGGAUAAAUUGGAAGAUACCAUUAUUGGUAAACCCAACGUGUUGACCUAUGACUAUGUUCACAAUGCAUUGAUUGACUGGAGGUUAAAGAUAUUAGCCAAUAAUGAUUUAGUGUACCACCCUCAAGAAUUGACCCAGGUUGUUCCUCAGUUGGGGGAAAAACCACAGAAUUCACCAUUCAAGAAAGUUUACAUGAUUGGGGAUAAUCCUGCCUCGGAUAUUCAAGGGGCCAAUAAUUAUGGCUGGGAAAGCUGUUUGGUGAAAACUGGGGUCUAUCAGGAUUCUGAUUUCCACAAUUUAACAGUAAAACCAACUCAUAUUGUGGAUAAUGUUUACGAAGCAAUAACUACCGUAUUAAAGACCAACCAGAUCAAUUUUUAG